AUGGAAGGUGAAGUCUCAAAUGGUCGGAGGCUUUCUGAGACCCAAUGCACAAUCUCUGCCCUUUGGCAAUGUGUCAGUAGUGUGUUCAUGUACAUACUAGUCACUUUACCCUUAGAUAUUCUUUCAAAAGAGGAUGUGAUAGUGCCAGAUUUCACUCUUGGCAUGCUUGGCUAUGUUGCUGGUAGACUUCACAUCACCCUUGUCGAGGUAGCACCAAACACGCUGUUUACAACCCUUCCCCAUGCACUGGAAUACAUGGGAGCGCCGCCAGCCAAUAUAUUCAAUGCUUGGUAUUGGCUCGUAGAAUGCAUAAACUGGUGA